AUGGCAGAAAGGGACCCGGAAGGGAAUGAAGACUGGGAGUGGGACGGACUGCUAGGCGAUGAGGAGGCUUUCGAAUGGCUUGCUGGUGCUGAAGUCCCAGAAAGAUGA